GUCACCCUAUCGAUCCAUCGCGUUGUCCAACAAAAACAGCACGAAACGAAGAAUUUACCACCAAAAACGAAGGCAGAGCACUCAAGUUCUAAUCCCCCCUCCAAAAAAAUUGUACAACUAUAGCCUGUUCCUAUAAGAGACCUCAUUAAGACUCUGAAGGAAUGCCCCGAGGCGAAUAUUGCAACCCAUAUUGAAGCUACACCGGAAUGGGUCUGGCCCCGAGGAGAUCUUUUUCAUUGGGCCGCUGUCUUGAACCGGUUCGACGAUAUUCUGGACAACAUCUGCAAGACCUAUGACAUGAAGAAGGCCCAGCCAAAAGAAUUUCCGGAGGACAUUAGGCGCCUGACCCUUGCGAUCUUGGGUUUUUCACGAAUGUUGCUCGAAAACUGCACCAACCGCAACCUCUACGCAUCAUACGAGCAAUUGAACGAUUUGCUGCAUGCGCGCGAUCUGGAUGUUCUCGAAUCCUGCCUGCGGCUGCUGCUCCGACCUGCUCAGCGACACAGCGCUCAGCGAUCGUCCAAAUCUAUAUUCACAGUAUCACAGGAUCGCCUUUUGGCAUUGGCGCAUUCAUGGGGGAAUAAGGAGCACGGAAUGGAUCUCCUGCAGUUGGCGGGCGAGAAUGUAAAUAUCCCGGAGCAACUGACGGCGCUCAACUUUCAAUUCUACAGGACGAUAUCUCAAUCAAAACCUGCUACCGAUGCCUCCACUGCUGUGUCAGAUGCACCUUCGAAGGCAUCAUCGACAUUUAGUACGGCUACUACAGUAAAACCAUCAUCUUCCAGCACGACUGCCACCGCACAACAAACUCAUUCACCAACUAAACAAAGGCGUUCAUCACAUCCUGGAUCGUCACCUUCAACAUCCACAACCGUGGCCAGCACCAUCGCACCUGCAUGCGAAGGAAUGGUUGUUAUUCACGCGACAAAUAUCGGUCGAUUGGGCGCAUCGGAUUACGAGAUUUUGGCACAUUUUGUCAAGGAAUACCAGAUCCCUGAGGAACAUCAGUUCUCACUUUUGAACCGCAUCAGGGUCGCCAUCGGCAUCAGCGUCCCACAGCGCCGCCAACAGCUGUUAAUUGUCCGCAUCCUAGCAGUUGCUGUCAUGGCCCAUGUCUUGUCCGAGGCCGUUGUCAUCGACAAGUUCCUUACGUUCGAGCCGGAGAUCAUUCAAAGUUUGAUAGAGCUCAUCCAUCCCGACCAUAAAGCGCCAUAUAAUCUGCAAACUGUGGCGCUCUUUGCCCUGGAUGGACUCGCCCGUCUUCGAAACAAGCAAACCGAUGUUUUGACAGCAGUGAAUGCUUCUGCGAGCCACGGCGUAUUGCUUUAUAUGCUCAGGAGAGUCAUUGCUGGACUGGAUUCUGACAGUGUCACCUAUCCUCAAGAGUUCCUGGAUGCCAUUUUUGUGUUCAUCUCAUUUAUCAUUGGGUCGCAACCUGGAGGGACUAUGGUUAUCUCUGCAGGAAUCGUCCCGGUGCUUCUCAAGUUGCUUUCUAACAAACAUACCUCACAGCUGAAGAAUAUAACGAAAGGUGUUCUGAUUCUGGACAGUCUCGUAUACGGCUUCAGUGCAGCGUUCACGUCGUUUUGUUCUUCGGAUGGUCUCAACAUGCUAGUCGCCAGGGUCAAGGAUGAAGUAGAUUUUUCACUUGACCUUGUGAAGAAAGCUGAGACGGCCCAAAUUUCAGAUACAGUUUCAGUAUUAGGCGCCAAAGACGAUACCUCGCCGAUUCCCUUUGAAAGAACUGCGUUGUUAAAGUCGAUGUUCAAAUUUGUGCUCCACAUGAUGCAAAGUCCUGGAACCCAAGAGGGCUUGCGGAAUUUGAUUGACACCACGUUGCCUGCCACUUUGAAGCAUAUCAUGGAGAAUCCACAAGCCUUUGGAACGGCUAUCUAUGCCCAUGCCAUCAACACUAUGGCAUCCUUCAUUCACAAUGAACCGACCUCGCUCACUAUCUUGCAAGAUGCGAAAAUACCCCAGACACUCCUUGCCAGUUUAUCAAAGGACAUUCCUGCCUCAUCGGACGUUGUGUUGAGCAUUCCCGAGGCAUUCGGAGCAAUCUGUUUAAAUUCUCAGGGCCUUGAGAUGUUCAACAAGCAGUUCAAGCUAAGGGCAUUUUUCGACAUUUUCACAUCGGAAACACACGUUCGCGCGUUCCAGGACAGCGACCUUGCCUCGAACUUGGGGAUGUCUGUGGAUGAAUUGAUGAGACAUCAGCCCAGUUUGAAGCCCGCGCUGAUGAGCGAAGUCAACGCUAUGCUGGAAGGGGUUUUGGAUAUGUGCAGCACAGCGCGGGUUUCGGCUGAUGAAAAGUCAUAUUGUACGCUCCAAAAAACGCGCGCUAAGGACGCACCUUUACCAGGUGAAGCUGUUGACGAAGAAGAAGCCAAGGGAGAUAAGAAGGAGAGUUUGGUCCCAAUACUGAUCGAAGGUGCCACAAGAUUCUGCGAAAGCUUUUUCCAGAAUACAGCCAGCACGAAGGAUUUUCUGAAAGCAGGCGGAAUCGACAUCUUGAUGAGAUUCUAUUCACUAGAAACGCUCCCCUAUGAAUUGGCCAGCACCGCUGCAUUCUUGUCUUUGUCCUAUCUGAUCAAAAUGUUGAGCGAAACGAACCCAGCGUGCGCGGUGGCCGCUGUGAUGAAGGAGUUGAUUAGGCUGCUGGAAAACGUCAAGCCUUUGUUGGAGUCAAACAACCCUAGGUCAGAUUUGAUACAAUACAUUGAUCUUACAGAUUCUAGCGAGGCAGAGAUGGAUCAGGGAAACAAAACAAUCCGCUCCUUGAUCAGCCUCUAUGGAUUGAGUGGACUGAUGUCGGACAUGUUUUGUGCGCCAACUUUUUCACAUGGGCGCAACUCUGCCUCUGUGCUCUCAGCAUUCAUUGCUGCCCGAGGCGAUGAAGCCCUGGCCGGACUAGGGCAACUGCACAGGAUGUGUGUAUGGGAGAGUAUUGUGAUAAACCGUGCUCUGAAGAAAGACUGGAAUGUCCACAAUCCUAAACCCAAGAAGUUGCCAGGUACAACCUCCGUUCCCGGAACAGUGGACUUCUCCUUGGAGGAGCAGGAAAAGGACGACAAAGAGCAGGGCACCUCCCCGACGAUCGACCAGCAUAGCCCAACUUAUAUCAACGCAAAGCACUUCAACUUUGUGUUGACCCAAACCCCUAAUUGCCUUACGCCGAUGUACCAAGGCCUGGCAAAGAUGCUGUUCUAUCGGCGAGAUGUGGAUUCUACUCAACGUGCAAACGCCUUCAAGAUUGCUGGCUCACUGUCAAGAGUCCUGCAAGCACACAUUUCUUGGCAACGACAAGAAAAACUCGAUAUUGCUGCCGACAGGCUGACAUAUCUCACAACCAUGCUUCGUCUGCCUGCAUACCUUAUGCUGGAUGAUCGGAAUCCUCCAACACUGCAGACGAUCAUCGUUGUCGCUUUCGUCAGGUCUCAUGGACUUGAUACCCUUUUUGGCACACUAGAUACAAUCUGGAAAAACAUGCAGUUGGAUCCAUCAGCGGAGGACAAAACGAAAAUGUAUGCUGUUGUUGAGAUCAUCCUCGGUAUUCUCCAAACACUCACAUCUUCGAAGCUGCUGCACGACUCCUCCCACACAUCGAUGCUGACUUCCAGAGACGACAGAAUCAGGAGAGCGGAUUUUUUUGAGCCACACGAGUUUCUGAUCGACACCAGACUUGCCAUCUUGCCCAAGAUCAAGGCGUUUUGGGUGGACCCAGCCCUCCACUCUUGUCCCUCGUCUCUGGUGCGACAGUUGAUUCAGGUUCUCCUCAAUAUCUUGAAAGGAGAUGGCGAACUCAAGCCCGAGGCGCCACCAGGACCUUCUAUCGUCCUCGGUGGCGCGCCUAACCUCUUUGGCGCACGCCCUCUUGUCGCCGAUGCCGCUAGCGUUGCCAUACUACUAGACAUGGGAUUCCCCAGAGCAGCUGCCGAACUUGCCUUGACAAGAUGCGCUAACCAGCUGGAUCGAGCUACGGAGUACUUGUUGACACAUCAGGAUAUUGUUGCCGCGGCGAUCUACGACCAGGAACGCGAGGCUGCUGCUGCGCGUGCCACAGCCAACCCCCUCAUUUCGACCAACGAAACUGCAACGGGCGAGCCAUCCUCAUCGAGUGCGGUGACAGGCGCUACGGCGAGUGGAAAUACAGAAACAGAGCCUCAAAGAGAUGGGAGCGAUGCGGGCGACGCCGAAAUACUUCAGCGAGCCCUUGAGAUCUCAGUCUCUGGCAAUGAUAUCACGACGAAUACGAGCGAAGGAUCCAGUAGCGUUGCGGCAGCAAGCCAGUCCUCUGCCAAGUCAAGUGAGUCGGCCGAUUCAGUAGAGGUUCAUAAGGCUCGCAAGGAGGAGCUCACCAAGGAGCGUCUCGACUUGAAGGCGAUUCUUGUGACCAGGUCGUUGGUGUUGCUCACCGAGGUUGACGGCAUCAUCUUUUCUGUGAGGGACAUAUUCCUCUUUAUGUUCCAAUCCAAGGACAUCCCUGUUUUAGAUACCUUAUUCAAUGUUACGGCGUCGCUUGGCGAGGAAUUCAACAAAGCGGAUCAGGAGCAGAUCAAGGAACGCGGGGAAUUGUUAGGAGUUCACAUGCGGCUUUUCGCGCUCUUGUUUGCAGAGGCCAGCAUCCAGUCGAAAAUGCAGGACUAUGCAUCAAAGCUGUUGCCACUGUUGAUGUCAACCCUGACCAAGGCCCUCGACACGCAGACUCCCCAAAAAGGAAACACCUGGCUCUCACCCCUCCUAUUGAUGAUCGAAGGGUACAUUUCACUCACAGACGAGCCCAAGGUUGUCCCUGACGAGACCUCGGCAGAAGGAAAGGCCAAGGCUGCUCAGCAUGAUUUGGAGAUGACUGCAGCGGUUGUGUCCGGAUCCGACAUGGAAAUUCUCCUCAGGCAAUGCCUUUCGCUGCUCAAGCAGGAUUGCCUUUCCAAGGAUGUCAUGCUCUCUGUAUUCAGGAUCUUGGUUCGGUUGACCCGUCACCAUAAUCUCGCAAUCGAAUUCUUGAGAUCGGAUGGUUUACCCAUUAUGUUUGCGACUCUAAAGCCGGAUAAGAUUGGUGUUCAGGGCCAGCAGGGUCUUAUAAUCAUGAUCAUGCGACACAUUAUCGAGGACACGAACGUUUUGCAAGCAAGCAUGGAGAGGGAGAUCACGCGAUGGUUCUCUCACCCGACACGGCCCCGAACAGUCGAAAUCCAGACUUACCUUCGUCACAACAACUACAUGGGACUGCGCGACCUUGAUGCCUUCAUUGCAGGCACUCUUAAAGCGUGUAAGGUGGCAAAGCACGAUUCCUCUUAUAGGGCUCUGUACCUGAGUUUGGUUAAGCUUGCGGCGCCAUCCAAAGCCGAGGACAAUGACGACCAGGAAGGAGCCACAGAUGACAAGGGCGAGGAUGAGAAAGAUGACAAGGAUGAGCGCAAGGAGACUGAUAAGGAACCGAAUGUGGAUGAGAGUGGUGCUUGCUCAUCUUCCACAGCAGCUCUCUCCGCGGCUAUUUCGGAGGUGUCAAAAAAAUACACUUCUGAGGUUUCGGAGACCGUGAUGUCGUUCCUGGCCACCGAGUUGCUCAAUAUCCGAGUACCAACCAAUCCUCCGGAGAAAACAGGACCAUCAGGUGACAGCGCCAAGGACUCGACCAGCAAACUCGACUCAGCUUCAAUAGCCUCAUCCUCGAAAAAUGAGGCAGACAAGACGGCGCUUGCCACGUCAGAGGCCACGCUGGAUCAUGAAUUCAUCUAUCGGUGCUUUCUCCUGCAGUGCUUAAAUGAGCUGCUCGUCUCUUAUCCAUCCUGCAAGGUUGAUCUGAUGAAUUAUUCCAGGCGAAGGAGUAGCAAGGAUCCGGCGCAUGCUGCCAGCAAACCAAAAGCCAGCUGGCUGAGCUAUCUUCUGAACGAUCUCAUCCCUUAUCGCGGUACGAUCGCCCAAGCAACCAACGCCGAGCUCCGUAAGCAGUCGAUCGAAUCGAACUUUGCCUCUGGGGUUCUGGUGGCGAUGUGCUCAAACAAGGACGAUGACGAGGAAAAGAAAUCGUCCGGUGACUUGGUCCAAGUCCGUCGGUUUGUCGUGGACGGAAUCACUCGCGCCUUCAAGGAUGCGAUCGCCUCUAUGGACAGCGUCGAAUACAAGUACAGCAAGUUCCUAUCGCUGUCGGAAUUAUCCUACAAGAUCCUAGGUUCACAUCCGGUGACCGGUGCAUUGCCAAGGACAAAUGAGGACACGUCAAUCAACAUUGUGAAGGUGAUGCUGGAAAAGAAUUUUAUUAUGACCCUCACCAACGUUGUUGCAGACAUCGAUUUGAAUUAUCCACAUGCCAGAGUCCUCGUAAACGCUGUCUUGAAGCCCCUGGAACACCUGACCAAGCUUUCGCUCAAGAUGAGUCGCGCCUCUGAACCUGGUGCACCGAAACCCAGGCGCCUCUCGACGCCAUUAUCAGGGCAGGGCAGUGGAACCGGAUCAGGAGACGAUGCACCAGACCUGUACCGCAACUCGUCGUUGGGCAUGUUUGAUGGCACGAAUAUCGAGUCUGGAGAGGAUGGUGAGUCUGGAGACUCGAUCAGUGACGAGGACAUGUUUGAAGGCGAGGAGUUUGAGGAAGAAACCGCAAGCGACGCCAGCGAUAUCAGCGAGGACGACCUUAGUGACGAGGACGAGAAUGAGGGCGAAGGCGAAGACGAUGUCGUCCGCAACCCGUUCCAUGAUGAUCACGAUGGCUCUGAAGACGAAGAGGAUCAAGACGACGAAGAGCACAUAGAAGAGGAGGAAGAUGAUGAUGAUGAGGACAUCGAUGCCGAGAUCCAAGAAGCCCUCGAUCGCGACGAAGAGGAAGGAGAGGAUAUGGUCAUGGAAUGGGAUGGUGAUGGUCAUCGACCCGUCUUGCUUGACCAGGAUGAUAUCGCCGAAGUCAUCGAUGAUGAGGAUGACGACGGGGACGAUAGUGACGAACAGGAAGAGCACAAUAGAUUUGUUGAAGGCCAGGGCCAUCUUCACCACCAUCACCAUCACCAUCACCAUCAUCGCUCGGGAGACGAAGGCACUGAGGAUGAUGACGAGGAUGACGGCGAUGAUGACGAUGAGGAUGCAUCUGACGACGAUGAGGAGGAUGAUAUGGACGAUGAUGAGGAUGGCGAGGGCCAGGGCGAUCUGGAGGAUGGGGAUGAGCCGCACCGUAGACGCGGUCGUCACAACCCUUGGAACAUGACCAGCACGUUCGUCAUCAAUGAGAAUGCCCUUCGCAACGGGCGCGCUCUGUUUGAACCUCAAAGUCGUCGUGGCCGACUUCCUGGCCAGGAACGUGGAUUUAUCUGGGAUGACUUUGGGGCUGACCAAGGACGGCUCCCUCAUCUGCAGGAUGAUGAUUUGCCUACCUUCAGAGCGCCUGUUCGCAACCCAUUCUUGCAGGUGUCCGAUGAUGCGAUCACCCAUCCACUACUCGCACCGCCAUCCAGUGCCUCGACGGCCAACAAUGCCAACGCUCAUCGGCUGAGAGGUGGAGCACGCAUUGGACUUCCAGACUGGCAGAUGUUUGAGGAGCUCUUGAACGAAAAUGCUCAGCAGUUGCUCGGAAGACUUUUCACCGGCGGUGCCCUCCGUCCAGGACAUGGCGGCGCGUUCAGACUUGAGGUCAAUAACGAUCACUCUACGACACUGAUUCCUCUCGACCGGCCCGGCGGCCACCACCAUCAUCAUCACCACCAUCACGGCGCAGGCGACGCUCUCACCGCAACCAUCUCGAUCGGACACGGUUCUGGGGAUGCCGCCGGAGGAAAUAAGAGCGACGUGUUCAGUAUCGUCCAUGGCUUUGUACCACUCUCUACUUCGCAACGCUGGUCUCAGGAGUGCCGUAUGAUGUACGGUGCGACGGCUCAGGAUAAGGCCUCGCGCCUUCAGAAUCAUAUCAUUAAUGCACUUAUUCCUGUAGCUAAGGAGGAAUCACGUCUAAAGUAUGAGCGCGAGAUGAAGGAGAUGGAACAGCGUCGCAAGGCCGAUGCGGAGCGCAAGAAAGCUGCAGAGGAGAAGCGCAAGGCCGAGGAGGAGGCCCGACGCAUCAAGGAGCAGGAGGCGGAGGCUGCUAGGGUAGCAGAGGAGCAAGCUGUGAGCGAACGCGAAGCGGCGCGUCGAGUCGAGGAGGCUGCUAUUGGAAAUACCGGCGUAGCGAUAACGCCGGCAGGAACAUCCAUGGAAGUCGAGGGAUCCCCGUCCAGCUCGGCCCCUAUGUUCAGUGCGCCUGCGCCAGAAAAUGCAACACCGCCACGCCGAAUGGUAUUGAUUGACGGGGAGGAAUUCGACAUUACGGACAGCGAUAUCGAUGCCGAUUUCCUCGAGGCUCUGCCGGAGAGCAUGCGCCGCGAGGUCUACAACGAUUACCUGCAGGCACACCGACCCCAAACGACUCCAGCAUCAUCUAGCUCAGCCAACAACAACGGCAUUAGCAUCAGUAACAAUAGCGACAUCAGCGGCGCCAGCAGUAGUAGCAACAACAUCAAUGUGGACUUUUUGAAUGCUCUUCCUCCACAAAUGAGAGACGAGCUGGAUGAGUUGAUCCGAGGACCACGCUCAGCAGCAGCACCCGCUGCCCGCGAGCCAACCAUGGCAACUAAUGCUCCACCUCCUGCGUUAGCAGGAACUUCCACGGAUCUUCAUGCGUUUUACCGUUCAUUCGAGGAUUCGGCACAGUCCCUGGGAGCGUUACAAUCCAGGCUAGCUGCCACUGCAUCACGGUCCAGUCAAGAGUUGGAAAGGUUGUCAGCAUCAACAAAUCAAGCAAUCCGGCGUUUCCUUGACGUUGAAGCAUCGCUGCGCACGACGGGCCCGCCUGAGACGCGAGCCUGGCUUGAAGGCCUCUCUGGCAGUCGGGCAAUCUUGGCAGACACAGUUGAUGAUCUUCAGGCGGUUCGCGACAGAUUCGUUGCACAUAUUGGAAGGGCCACCAACACAUCUUUGCCGUCAAGCAACAAGAAGAUGGCUCUGCCACGUGAAGCUAUCCAGCUCGUGGACAAAUCCUCGCUCGCAACUUUGGUCCGGCUCAUGUUCCUGCCUCAGCCCUUGUCGCGAAACAUUCUGAACAAACUGCUUGUUAAUUUAUGCGAGAACAGCAAGACUCGAGGCGACUUGUUGUCGCUGCUGCUAUCGAUUCUUCAGGACGGUGGUGCGGAUUUGGCGGCCGUAGACAGGAGCUUUGCGCAAAUGUCUCUUCGUGGCAAACCACUGCUCAAGACUCCGCAUCAGCCCAAAGGCUUGAAGGGAUCAGGAGCGGUUUCGGCACCGGCACAGCCAACAAUGGAUAACGUCCCCAAUUUAGUUGCUCGUCGAUGCUUCGAAUCGCUCCACUAUAUCGUGUCGCUUAAUGAGCAGGCGUCGUUGUUCUUCUUGAGCGAGCAUGAGAACGUGGCACUGAAGCGGCCAACCAAGAAGGGCAAAGGCAAGGAGAAGGUGAUCAGUAGCAAGUAUCCGAUCGUGCUUUUGUUGGAUCUGUUGGAGCGACCUACCUUUGUGCAGAACUCUGCCUUGAUGGAGCAGCUUAUGAUGCUGCUGUCAAUCGUUUGCCGACCAUUUGCAAAUCUAUUCAAGACAGCAGAAAACAAAUCUGACGAGGAUACUAAGGACAAGGAUAAAGGCAAGGAGAAGGCUGUUGAGGGCGGCCCUGCGACGGCGACAACAACAGGGUUGGCAGGCGCGGCGGAAGCUGGUGAGCCUACAAUUGCGGAUACGUCAGCAUCAACCGGCGGUAAGACUGAGGCUGGAGUAAGCGCGGAACCGGGACUCCAGCCUCCUGUGAUCCCCGACCAUUGUCUUCAGCUAGUUGUAGGUGUGUUAACGGCAGGCGAGUGCUCGAGCAAGACAUUCCAGUUCACUCUAUCUGUCAUUCAGAAUCUCUGCAUCCUUCCUGGUGCUCGUGAUACCAUCACUUCGGAGCUCGUGAGAGCCGCUUGUGAACUCGGCGCCGGUAUCCUCGAGAACUUGGAAGAACUCUCCAGGACCUUGGAGAAUGCCAUAAGUGGUGUUGAUGUACAGGGAAUGACUCUUGAAAAGUUUUCACCGGCUUCUUCAAAGCAGGCCAAGUUGUUACGCAUCCUCAAGACUAUCGACUACAUGUAUUCACGCAAACAAACGCCACAAACACCGGCAGCAACACAGCUCAACAUUGAGCUUGCACCAACAGUCGACCCGGAGGAAGCGGACGCGGUGUUGCCUCGAUCGAUGCGUGACCUCCACUCUGUGGCACAGAACUUGAACAAGGACGAGCAGAAAGUGACAGAGAUCUAUGAUAGCCUGAAGUUUCAAUCCCUGUGGAUGAAGGUCGGUCAGACGCUAGAGCAGAUCCAUGAACGGAGCGAUAUGAUUCAUGUGGCGACGGUGCUUCUACCACUAAUCGAGUCGCUCAUGGUUGUGUGCAAGUACGUGGGGUUGCGGCCGUCGACACUCGAAAUGGAAGAGGAUGACGCCAAGAAUACCGCCAAGCAUGACUCGACAGAGGAUCUGUUCUUGCAGUUCACAGAGAAACACAGCAAGAUUCUCAACAUUAUGGUGCGCAACAACCCUGCGCUAAUGAGCGGCUCCUUCUCACUCCUCGUCCAUAACCCAAAGAUGCUGGAGUUUGACAACAAGCGCAAUUAUUUCACGCAGCAGCUGCAUAAGAGAAACUCGACUCGGGACCUGUAUGGAUCGCUGCAGAUGAAUGUUCGCAGGGAGAUGGUCUUUAUGGAUUCUUAUUCGCACUGGCAGUCGCGUACGGGCGAUGAGAUCAAGCAUAGCAAGCUGAACGUCAAGUUCCAUGGCGAAGAGGGUGUAGACGGAGGUGGAGUGACUCGCGAAUGGUUCCAGGUUCUGGCUAGACAGAUGUUCAACCCUGAUUAUGCGCUGUUCAAGACCUCGGCGGCCGACAAGUUGACCUACCAACCCAACCGCGCAUCUUGGGUCAACCAGGAUCAUCUGUUGUUCUUCAAGUUUAUCGGCCGGGUCAUUGGAAAGGCUAUUUAUGAUGGUCGGCUCUUGGAUGCCUACUUUACACGCUCGUUCUACAAGCACAUCCUCGGACGACCUGUGGACUACCGCGAUGUGGAGGCAGUGGAUCCCGAAUACUACAAGUCAUUGGUCUGGAUGCUAGAGAACGACAUUACGGACAUUGUAGACGAGACAUUCUCGGUCGAAACGGACGAUUUCGGUAAGACGAGGAUUGUGGACCUGAAGCCCGACGGACGUAAUAUUCCGGUAACAGAGGAGAACAAGCACGAGUACGUCAAGUACAUUACGGAGCAGAAGCUGACACUGGCGAUCAAGGACCAAAUUCACUCGUUCCUACUGGGCUUCCACGAGAUCAUCCCCGCGCAUCUGAUCAGCAUCUUCAACGAGCAAGAACUGGAGCUGUUGAUCUCAGGACUGCCGGAUAUCGACAUUGACGAGUGGAAGAACAACUCGGAGUAUCAGAACUAUACGCAGGCGUCGCCGCAGAUCCAAAACUUUUGGCGAGCUGUUCGGUCAUUUGAUCAGACUGAACGUGCCAAGCUGCUGCAAUUUGUGACGGGAACAUCCAAGGUACCUCUAGGAGGGUUCCCGCAACUCCAAGGCAUCUCAGGUAUUCAGAAGUUCCAGAUUCAUAAGGACUUUUCCUCAACCAAGCGACUUCCAUCAGCACAUACAUGUUUCAAUCAAUUGGAUCUUCCUGAGUACGAAACAUAUGAAGAGCUGCGACACCAGCUGCUGGUGGCUAUCUCGGAAUGCAGCACAGGAUUCGCCUUUGCUUAAAACCAGCCAAAUCAAGGACGAGGAGAGAGUAAGAGGGGUAGAGAGGAGGAAGGGGGAAGGGGGAGGAUAUUAAGAUUGAGAGCCAGAAAAGUUGUGCGGGCAUGGCGAGGGAAAAGAUAGACAAUUACUGCGAAUGCUGCUCUAUUUUUUUUACAUA